AAUGUUCUUUCUCCUCUGGCACUCUCCUCUGCUGGACUCAUUUUCUCCCAAAGGAAAGAAAUCUAAAUUCAAUUCCAAUCAAUUGAUUUCAUCAAAAGCAAACUUACAUACACUGAACACGUAUCUGCAUGUAGUCCUCCAAUCCAUUGCUUUAUAAAUUCAGAAACACUUCAAAUGACAAAUCAUAAUGGAGUUUAAAUUUCAUUUACAGUCCUUAAAUUUUAUUUGCUAGCAUUCAAAUGGCUUCUUCAGCACCAACCUUAAAGCGUUCAAACUCUAUCUCCGACAGUAUACCGGAGGCGUUGAGGCAACGCCGGUAUCAUAUUAAGAAGUGUUUCUCCAAGUUCGUGCAAAAGGGAAGAAGGAUAAUGAAACUUCAACAUCUUUUAGAUGAAAUGGAGAAUGUGAUAGAUGAUAAGUUUGAAAGAACUAAGGUAUUAGAAGGUUUGCUAGGAUACAUUUGGUUCUCUACUCAGGAAGCAGUUGUUAAUCCUCCAUAUGUAGCUUUUGCAAUGAGACCAAGUCCUGGGUUCUGGGAACAUGUUAAAGUUAACUCUGCUGAUCUCGCUGUUGAACCAAUCACCGCCACAGAAUACUUGAAAUUCAAAGAAAUGAUAUUUGAUGAGACUUGGUAUAUAUAUCUCUCUUUGGCUAAUGAUGUAAAUUCAUUGGAAGGUGGAUUUUGGAGCAUUGAUGCUCAAUGCCUCGCUUUGACUUUAUCUUCUUCCAUUGGAAUUGGAAUCAAUUUCGUUUCAAAGUUCAUUAACUUCAAAGUGGUGAGUGGACGCUUUGGAGAAUGCUCAGCCUUCUUGUGGAUUUACUUGUUAUCACUUAACCAUCAAGGAGAAAAACUUAUGAUCCAAUUGACAACCUUAACACUGUUACAAGCUUCAGAGGCACUUAUUGUCGCUGAAAGUUGUAAACCUCUCAGGAACUUGACCAAGUGGACACCCCCAGUCUUUCAGGAAUUUUCGAAUCGCUUCAUAAAGUUGGGGUUUGAGAAGGGACUGGGGUAAAUACAGGGCAGAAAAGAGUUAAAGACAACAAUUGAGAUCAACUCUCAGAAGUACUUUCAAGCUCCAGAUCCAAUUAAGACAAGCAAAUUGUUCUUGGCUGCCAUGAUACUGAGUGCAAUUUUCAAUGUUGUUAUUUUUUCUCCUCGUGGGUACUUUGGACAAGCAAAUGUUCUUGGCUUGCCUGAUACUGGUGGCCAGGUAGUGUACAUUCUAGACCAAGUGAAAGCUUUGGAAGAAGAGUUGCUUCUCAGGAUUAAGCAACAAGGGCUUAAUGUGAAACCUAAAAUUAUAGUUGUUACGCGACUAAUUCCUGAGGCGCGCGGAACUACGUGCAAUCAAGAACUGGAAUCAAUUAAUGGCACAAAGCACUCUAACAUCCUUAGAGUGCCAUUUACCUUUGAAGAUAGGGUUCUACGCCAAUGGGUUUCUCGUUUCGAUAUCUAUCCAUAUCUUGAGAAGUUUACGCAGGAUGUUGCAGCGAAGGUAUUAGACCUUAUGGAUGGAAAACCAGAUCUCAUCAUUGGAAACUAUACUGAUGGGAAUUUAGCAGCAACUCUUAUGGCUAACAAACUUGGAAUAACUCAGGCAACUAUUGCACAUGCUUUGGAGAAGACAAAGUAUGAAGAUUCAGACAUCAAGUGGAAAGAAUUAGACCCUAAGUAUCACUUCUCAUGCCAAUUCAUAGCUGAUACAAUUGCAAUGAAUGCAGCAGAUUUUGUCAUAGCAAGCACAUACCAGGAGAUUGCAGGAAGCAAAGACAGACCUGGGCAAUAUGAGAGCCAUGCUGCAUUUACACUACCAGGGCUCUGCAGAAUUGUUUCUGGCAUUAAUGUCUUUGAUCCAAAAUUCAACAUAGCUGCACCUGGAGCUGACCAAUCUGUCUAUUUCCCAUACACUGAGAAACAGAAAAGAUUCACACAAUUCAAUUCUGCCAUUGAAGAACUACUGUACAGUAGAGAGGAAAAUGGAGAGCACAUUGGCUAUCUAGCAGACAACAGGAAACCUAUUAUCUUCUCUAUGGCAAGGCUUGACAUAGUAAAGAACCUAACAGGACUAACUGAGUGGUAUGGACAGAACAAGAGGCUGCGAAAUUUGGUUAAUCUUGUAAUAGUCUUUGAUCCUACAAAAUCAAAAUACAGAGAAGAAAUGGCUGAAAUUGGGAAAAUGCAUGCAUUAAUAGAAAAAUAUCAACUGAGGGGCCAGUUCAGAUGGAUAGCAGCACAAACAGAUGGGCAGAGAAAUGGGGAACUUUAUCGCUGUAUUGCAGACACGAAGGGAGCUUUUGUUCAACCAGCUCUUUAUGAAGCAUUUGGACUUGCUGUUAUUGAGGCAAUGAACUGUGGCUUGCCCACUUUCGCAACCAAUCAAGGUGGUCCGGCUGAAAUAAUUAUCGAUGGAGUUUCGGGCUUCCUUAUUGAUCCUAAUGAUGGAGAUGGGUCAAGUAAUAAAAUUGCUGACUUCUUUGAGAAAUGUAAAACUGGUAUUGGAUACUGGAAUAAGUUCUCAGAAGAUGGAUUGAAACGCAUAAAUGAAUGCUACACUUGGAAGAUCUAUGCAAAUAAGGUAUUGAAUAUGGGUUCCAUGUACACUUUCUGGAGACAGCUGAACAAGGAACAGAAGCUAGCAAAACAAAGAUAUAUCCAAAUGUUCUAUAAUCUCCAAGUCAGGAGACUGGUAAAGAAUGUGCCAAUCCCAACAGAAGAAGCUUUUCAGCAGCAAACAUAGCAAAAGACUGUAAACAAAACACCAUCAAG